UUGACUUUUGCAAGUCGAAAGAACACUAUCGACAACCGACUUGCAGAAAUCCGUGAUCAGUUCCUUAGUAAAGCGACAGAAUGCGGUGUUGGUCAAGAUGUCAUCGAAAACUCAAAAACAGUCUUUGAUGAUUUGGAUAAGUUGAACGAAGUCAAAUUCCGUAUCAUCAGUCUUAAAAGCAGCAUCAAGAACCAGCCUAAGAUUUCCAACCUUCGAAACGUCACUCCUUCACACUACGACCGCGACAAAUACGUUGAACUUCGCAAGUUCAUCGAACAAUCUAAGAUUGAGCGUAAAUCAGCACGUGACAAAGCCAUUUCUCUCAGCGAAAAGAUCGACCAUCUUUCAUUCUCUAACUACGUCGCUAACAUCAGGAACAGCCGUCCUCUUGACUGCACCAACGAAGAUGUCGACCGGAAACUCGCUAAAUCACAACAACUUGCACAGUUGAUUGCAUCUAUGCGGGAAGAGAAAGAGACACACCUUCGUCACCGCCAAGAAGAGUCACGUCAAGAGAUGGAGAGUGCACGUACAGAAGUUGUUCUUCUUGACCAGAUCGGUGCUAGCUGGGAAGAAGCAGACCGUCUUCGUAUGGCAGCCAAUGAAGCUAAAGAAGAAUGUCUUCGCAUUGUUGCCAAACUUAUUUUGUUGCGUAUCGAGAUUCUCAAUCAGAUUGUUGACUAUCCACUUUCCACUCGUCUUGAGUUAGUUGCACAACAGGAGACACCAUCCAAGUGUCUUUCAGUUAACAAGAUGAUCCAGAAGAAGCGAUCACUCAUCCGUAACUUGGACAAGAUGAUCAACGAACUUUUUGUCAAUUCACACAAGAGUGAUUCAGAGCGUAUCAGCGAACUUCAGUUAGCAGUUGAGAACAUCGGUGCAUGGGCAAGUGCAGCUAAAGAAGUUUGCACAGAAGUUAAGAAACCUAUUCCACAACUUGGAAAUGUUCCACGCGAAAACUUCGCAAUCGAGAAGAUCGACAUUUUCAUUUCAUCACUUGCCGACUGGGAAUACGAUUUCGAACUUAAAGAUUACACACCAUUCAUUGUACGACAACCCCAAACUCCCAAAUAA